AUGCCGAAGAGCGACACAAAGCAGAAAAAAAGGAGGAGCAACAAAAACAGACUGAGAAUAAAGAGAGCCCGGCUGUUUGGCCCGAAAGAUAUCGACCAGGUGAAGGAGGACAUUGAAUCCCAGAAGAAAAUAGAGUAUGAUCCUGAGCUACCGGGAGGUGGACAUUUUUACUGUUGCGAAUGUGACAGGCAUUUCAUCACUGAGAAGGUUCUUAUGGAACACAAGAGGUCUAACCCGCACCGAAGAAGAGCUAAGGAAGUGAGAGAGGUAGCACACUCCCAGAGAGAUGCCGAAUGGGCUGUUGGAUUAACAUGA